AUGUUACUAUUAGAUCAUCCUGUGCACGCACCUGCAUCUCGAGGAGAUCCAUGGGAAUGUGAAUUCCCACCGUCAAAGAAUUACAUAAUUGCCCCCGUUAAUGGUGUCUUCAAUGUGUACGCUAACGAAGAAGAUUUAGAUAAUGGGAAGCCAAUCCCUUAUUCGUAUCCUGACUUAGCCACUUUUGUCAGGGACAUGAACCUCCUUUGUACGAUGAUCGCCGAUGGUCCAUUAAAAUCUUUUUGCUACAGAAGACUGAGUUACCUUUCGUCAAAAUUUCAACUGCAUGUGUUACUGAACGAGCUUAGAGAACUUGCCAGUCAAAAAGCAGUUCCUCAUAGGGACUUUUAUAACAUUAGAAAGGUUGACACCCACAUUCAUGCGGCAUCUUGCAUGAAUCAGAAGCAUUUACUCAGAUUUAUUAAGAAAACGCUGAAAAAUCAUGCGGAUGAAAUUGUUACGUGUUCGAAAAACGGAGAAACAAUGACUCUUCGAGAAGUAUUCCAAUCAAUGAAUCUGACGACCUAUGACCUUAGUGUUGAUAUGUUGGACGUACAUGCAGAUAGAAAUACAUUUCAUAGGUUUGAUAAGUUCAAUGCCAAGUACAAUCCAAUCGGUGAAAGUCGUUUGCGUGAAGUAUUCCUAAAAACGGACAAUUAUCUAAACGGUAAAUUUUUCGCGAGCAUAAUUAAGGAAGUUGCCAGCGAUCUUGAAGAAUCGAAAUACCAAAAUGCGGAAUUACGUCUUUCGAUUUACGGCAAGAGCCCAGAGGAAUGGGACAAAUUAGCAAAUGACAUUUUCAAAUUGAACAAGUUGAUGACAAACUUCCAAGAGAUAUUGAACAACAUCUUUCUUCCUCUUUUCGAGGUAACAAACGACGCUAAUUCUCAUCCGGAGUUACAUAAAUUCCUUCAAUAUGUAAUAGGAUUUGACUCAGUUGAUGACGAAAGCAAGCCGGAAAAUCCUUUAUUUGACAAAGAUGUUUAUCCACCUGCAGAAUGGGAUGAUGUUGAAAAUCCUCCUUAUGGAUAUUAUCAAUACUACACUUAUGCCAACAUGACUGUUUUAAAUCAUUUUAGAGCAGAGAAAGGUUUAAAUACCUUUGUUCUUAGACCUCAUUGCGGCGAAGCCGGCCCCAUUCAACAUCUUGUGUGUGGUUAUAUGAUGGCAGAAAAUAUUUCUCAUGGCCUUUUACUUCGAAAAGUGCCAGUACUACAAUAUUUGUAUUAUUUGGCACAAAUUGGCAUCGCAAUGUCGCCUCUUAGUAAUAACUCUUUAUUUUUGAAUUAUCAUCGUAACCCAUUACCCGAAUAUUUAGCAAGAGGAUUAUGUGUAAGCCUGUCCACAGACGAUCCCCUUCAAUUUCACUUUACCAAGGAACCUUUGAUGGAAGAAUAUAGUAUUGCUGCACAAGUAUGGAAGCUCAGUUCAUGUGACAUGUGUGAACUAGCGCGUAAUUCAGUACUUAUGAGUGGCUUUCCACACAAGAGUAAACAAUACUGGCUUGGGCCAAAUUAUACUAAAGAGGGUGUGGCUGGUAAUGAUAUUACUCGAACAAAUGUGCCGGAUAUUCGGGUGGCCUACCGAUACGAAACAUUAGUCGAUGAAUUGUCAAAUAUUUUCAAGGUUGUCGAGAAACCCGAAGCCGUUCCAUUUUAAUCUAUAGCGGUAGUACAAAAACUCCUUGACUAUAACGUAAUAAUUAUUCUACAAUUGCAAAUAGUAUCUAUAAAAUUCGACGAAAUUGCGACGAAAACUAUUUAUAAAAAAAUGAAUGUUCUUGUAACGUGAACAACUAUG